AUGCCUUUGCGCGAAUCUAAAGUUGCUGAAAUUUUUUUCCGGGGUUUACUGUGCUUCCUUGGUAUUUUAGGAAAUCUGUCGUUGUUAUUGUGUUCGCUGCCAUCAAAACAUUCCAGAAUCGAAACCUAUAAGGUUCUCUUCAUCAACCUGGCAUUAUCUAACCUACUCACUAACUGUAUGGUGGAUAUCCCAAGUAUCCUGGCUGAAGUCUACGAAACAUGGUUUCUGGGUAAUAUUUACUGCAAAAUAUACAUGUUUACUGCAAGUCUGACCAUCACUGACAGUAUCCUUACUACACUUACCAUAAGCAUUUUCUGGUUUCACAAACUGGUGGUAUCCAGACCAGCCAACUGCAAAAUGUUACAGAAAUCUGAGCUUCGUCUGCUGGGUAUCUCGUUGACUGUUGGUUGGAUUGUAGCUAUCAUCUUUAGCACCCCACUUUUCUCCUACUGUAGCGUCUAUGUCAUGAAGAAUGGAAAUGAAGAAUCCCAGAAGGAGUCAGUAGAAAGGAUUUUUGCUUGCGGGGAUGGCUUCCCUACUGGUUUUCAAAAAAGCACGUAUGAGUUCAUGUAUCUCUUGUUAGCCAAUGCUCUUCCAAUCAUAUCUAUGCUAGUUAUCAAUAUAAGGAUCAUUACGGUUUUAACCAGGAAUAGAAGACGCAUUACUGCAUUGAAACUCCCAAAAAAGGAGAGAUGUCAGGCUACAAAUUCAAAAUUAAUUAUCUCUCCAAGGCUUAAUAUGGGCACUGAAAAUUGUAAAGCAAUAGGAAGCACUGAUCCAAAGUCUGAAGGCCAAAAGAACUGUGUGGGGAAUAUUGUUUUUAAACAGUCUAUGUCUUGUGUCUCAACUACAACAAAAGGGUUGAUAGCCAUUGAAAACUCUAGUCCAAAUGUCGAUAGUAAAGUGAAAGUGAUUAUUUCAAAUGUGGAAAGAAGAGUGUUGUUUCAAAGACUAAGUCCUAAUGAAAAAGAAACCUUGAACAACGAGAAAGAAGAACUGCAACCGGUGAGCAUAAUUUAUGAUCCUUGUAUGUUAAGCUAUAAUAAAGUAGCCCAGGAAGCAUUCAUCUGCAAUGUGGAAAGUAAUGGUUUGGUUCCAGAAUCAAACACCAUGCACCUACAUGAAGAAUUUGAUCAGCCAGCUACGUGUAAUUCUGAAAUGGUUUAUGCCGUACCUGCUUGUCCUCAGGAGAGCUGCUUACUGGAAGAUACUAAGGCACAAUUUACCAAUAAACAAUGUCCAGCUAAGACUCCAUCUAGACAUCUCUCUGCAGAAACACAAAUUAGAGCAACUAUAAGCAUCACAGCUGUGGUUGGGAUAUUCUUUGCUUUCUGGCUGGUUCAUUUGGUACUUCGCAUACAAGUCAGUACUGGUGGUUCUAAAGAGCUUGCCAACAUUGCAAGUGUAAUUGCAGCUUCAUAUACUACCGUGAUACCUUAUAUAUUUAUUUAUGGUUUGGGAAAGUGCCCCUGUCGUUAA